CCGGCUCACACUUUGCUGGAGUUGGUGCGGGGUGAGCAGGAUAAAAAAAACAGCUAUAGGUGCUUUCACGGAUUUUAUUUUCCUGCCUCCAAUGAUUCCCGAAUAUGCAUUGAUGUCGCGGUUUAAUAUCGAGGGAGUUUGUCUUGAAAGGAGGUCCAGGUUUAGCGACGACGUUGCGAAGUUGUUCCCUUGAAGUUUUCCCCCAAGGGCUGCAAAGCGAAUUCCCUGUUUACUAUUCAACUACCCCAGCCACCAUGGCGAGGCGGGUAGGGGGAGAAGGAUCCGUGAUUUUAACACACAUUCCAUACACGAAUUGGAGUAAGCAGUCGAGACUCCACUGGUAUGACUUCAUGGCGGUUUCUUGGAGCUUUAUGGCAGUCAUGUCGCUUCUAUGUUGUGGGGUUUGUGGUGCCGAAACGGAGUUCUCGAUCUUGGAGGAGGCACAAGUUUUAGCCGUACAAAUGAAAAAACUGUCCUCGCAGGAGCUUGGAGUCUUCAACAUGCAGAGAAUCUUCAACUCAUUUGUGUACACAGAAAAGACCUCAAACAGAGAGACCGAGGUACAGCAGCUUGCGAAGAAGAUCCGUGAGAAGUUUAACCGCUACCUGGAUGUGGUGAACAGGAACAAGCAGGUAGUGGAGGCGUCAUACACAGCCCACCUGACCUCUCCUCUGAACGCCAUCCAGGACUGCUGCACCAUCCCCCCCUCCAUGGUUGAGUUUGAUGGGAACUUCAACACCAACGUGUCCAAGACCAUCUGCUGUGACAGGCUCUCCCCCACUGUCAACAGUCGAGCCUUCAACCCUGGACGGGACCUCAACUCAGUGUUGGCAGAUAACCUGAAGUCCAACCCGGGCAUCAAGUGGCAGUACUUCAGCUCAGAGGAGGGCAUCUUCACUGUGUUCCCCGCCCACAAGUUCCACUGCAAGGGCAACUACGAGCACCGCAGCAGGCCAGUGUACGUGACGGCAGUGCGGCCCCAGUCCAAACACAUCGUGGUGAUAAUCGACCACGGAGUGACCAUUACAGAAACACAGCUCCAGAUUGCCAGAGAUGCUGCCCUCGUCGUCCUCAACUCUAUAGAUGAACACGACAAGGUCUCGAUCCUGUCCUCAGCGGAGGCUGUGCGCUCCUGUUCUCUGGACCAGUGCUAUAAGAGCUUCCUGUCUCCUGCCACCAGCGAGACCAAGAGGAAGAUGAGCGCCUUCAUCACCAACCUCAAGGCCUCUGACAGCCCUACCCAGCAUGCACUGGGCUUCCAGAAGGCCUUCCAGCUCCUCAGGAACACCAGCAACGCCACCCGGAAACUCACCAACACAGACAUGGUGAUCGUCUACCUGUCGUCUGGCAUCACGUCCCGAGACGCAUCGGAGCAUGAGAAGAGAGACACCCUCCGUGUGGUCAAAGAGGAGAACCGCCACCUCAACAACUCCGUCAUGAUCCUCACCUACGCCCUCAUGAAUGAGGGCGUGACGGGUCUGAAGGAGCUAGCGUUCCUGCGUGACCUAGCGGAGCAGAACUCUUUGAAGUACGGCGUCCCGGACCGCUCGGCACUCCCCGUGGUGAAGGGGAGCAUGAUGGUCCUGAAUCAGCUCAGUAACCUGGAGACCACCGUGGGACGCUUCUACAUCAACCUGCCCAACCGCAUGAUAGACCUGUCCUGCUUCAGCCUGCCCUACCAGGACCCCAUGGGAGACGGUUUCAUCAUGACGGUGAGCCGGCCCUGUUACUUUGGCAACCUGUUGCUGGGUGUGGUUGGGGUGGACGUGAACCUAGCCUACAUUCUAGAGGACGUCACCUACUACCAGGAUUCCUUGGCCUCCUACACCUUCCUCAUAGACAACAAAGGUUACACCCUGAUGCACCCUUCCCUCACGCGGCCCUACCUGAUGACAGAGCCUCCCCUCCACACUGACAUCAUCCACUAUGAAAACAUCCCUGGGUUCCCCGUAGUACGGGACAACAUUCUCCGUCUGCCCCUGGGAAGUCAGGUGAUAGCUGUGCCCACCAACUCCUCUCUGUCCUGGCACACCAACCGCCUCCGAGACCCCAGCAAGGAUGCAUACAACGUCAGCUACACAUGGAAACUGGUCCAGGACAAGUCGUUCAUCCUGUGCAUAGUGAACGUCCAGCCAGAGAUCCCUGUGAAACACCUGAAGAACCUGAACACCGCUCCAAGCUCCAAGCUGCUCUAUCACCGCCUGGACCUGCUGGGUCAGCCCAGCUCCUGUCUGCACUUCAAACAGCUGGCCACUGUCGAGAGUCCUACAGUGAUGCUGUCUGCAGGGAGUUUCUCCUCGCCCUACGAACACCUCAGCCAACCAGAGACCAAACGCAUGGUGGAACACUACACUGCCUACCUCAGUGAUAACACACGACUCAUAGCCAACCCUGGACUCAAGUCGUCGGUCAGGAACGAGGUGAUGGCGACCAGUCACGUCACAGAUGAAUGGAUGACACUCAUGGAGAUGAGUAGCCUCAACUGCUACAUUGUGCGCCGUUACAUAGCAACGCCCAAUGGAGUGCUUCGGAUUUACCCCGGGUCACUCAUGGACAAAGCCUUCGAUCCGUCCCGGAGACAAUGGUACCAACAUGCAGUGGCGAACCCUGGCCUCAUCACCUUCACCGGGCCUUACCUGGAUGUGGGCGGGGCCGGAUACGUGGUCACCAUCAGCCACACCAUCCACACCUCCAGUUCUCAGAUGGCCUCAGGGUAUGCAGUAGCAGUAAUGGGGAUAGACUUCACACUGCGUUACUUCUACAAGGUUCUGCUGGACCUGCUACCCGUCUGCAAUCAGGACAAGGGCAACAAGAUUCGGUGUUUUAUCAUGGAGGACAGGGGUUAUUUGGUGGCCCACCCCACCCUCAUCGAUCCUAAAGGUCACGCUCCAGCCGAGCGGCAGCACAUCACACACAAGGAACCUCUGGUGGCCAACGACAUCCUGAACCAUCCUAACUUUGUCAAGAAGAAUUUGUGCAACAGCUUCAGCGACCGCACAGUCCAACGUUUCUACAAGUUCAACACCAGCAUCAUUGGUGACUUGACUAACCUGGUCCACGGGAGCCACUGCUCCAAGUACCGUCUGACCCGUAUCCCUGGCACCAACGCUUUCGCUGGCAUUGUCAACGAGACUUGUGAUUCGCUGGCUUUCUGUGCCUGUAGCACCGUGGACCGCCUCUGUCUCAACUGUCACAGGAUGGAGCAGAACGAGUGUGAGUGUCCAUGUGAGUGCCCCCUGGAGGUCAACGAGUGUACUGGCAACCUCACCUACACUGAGAACAGGAACCCCAGCUGUGAGGUGCACCAGGAGCCCCUGUCUCUGACGGUGAUUGACUCCAGUCUGCAGGACACCCUGCCCCAGUGUAUCAACACCCGCUGCAGCCAACGCUUCACUAGCAGUGACUGUUUUGGCGUGUUGGACUGUGAAUGGUGUAUGGUGGACAAUGAUGGGAAGACCCACCUGGACAAACCUUACUGUGCCCUGCAGAAGGAAUGCUUCGGGGGUAUCCUCGGGGCCAAGAGCCCUUACAUGGACGGCAUGGGAAUGUUGGAUGAGGAGGUAGCGUCUCUGAACAUGAUUCGGAGUGCACCGGUAGGGCCGGUUGCCGGGGGGAUUAUGGGCUGUAUCAUGGUGCUGGUGUUGGCUGUAUACGCCUACAGACACCAGCUCCACCGGCGCUCACAUCAACACAUGUCCCCUCUGGCCGCGCAGGAGAUGUCAGUGCGGAUGUCUAACCUGGAUAAUGAGCGAGAUGAGGACAGUCAUGAAGACAGGGGAAUCAAUGUUUUCCUGUCCCGUCCUGCAGUCAGCAACACACGGUUUAUUGCUGCGGUGAUUGAGAGACACACCCACAGCCCCGAGCGCAGGAGGAGGUACUGGGGACGCUCAGGGACAGAGAGUGACCACGGUUACAGCACCAUGAGUCCUCAGGAGGACAGCGAAAACCCUCCCUGCAACAACGACCCCUUGUCGGCCGGCGUGGACGUGGGGAACCACGAUGACGACCUGGAUCUGGACACGCCCCCUCAGACGGCGGCGCUGCUCAGCCACAAGUUCCACCCGUACCGCCACCCGCCCCACCACCAGCUCCACACACACCACCUGCAGGCAGCAGUCACCGUGCACAGUGUGGACGCAGAGUGCUGAUCCUCUGUACCCGAUCCCUACACAGGCCUCAGCUCUCCUCCAACCCCCCCCCAAGCCUGGCUACAUCACUACUAGCUAUUCAUCCAACACUACCACUACCAACUCCAGACUCCACCACCCAUGUGUGCUCCCACUGUGCCAAGCCAGGGUGAGAGGAGUUGGGCUGGGGAGAACAGAGCAGUCCCCCUCCUGGAGGACUCCUUAAAGUUCACACACUCCACCUCUGUUGAGGAACACUAGCUUCUGUAGCCCAGUAUAGCCCUGCUCAGAAACACGGGGGGUGUGGUGGAGGCCUCUUUUAUUCAAAAGGGGUCUGAACUUGUUUAAAAGUGUAAACAAAGCAUCUCAGAUUUUUAAGAAGAAGAUAACAAAUAAGAAAUAAAGGAUUAUUUUUCUACUAUUUAUUGAACUGGAUUUGAGAGUGAUCAGAUGAGCACCUGACAUGGACCACAGAGUGUCCCUGCUGCACAUGCCCCUCACUUCCUGUUAAGGACACAUCAUGGAGAGGAAGUGGUUAUUCAACACAUAUCUGACACAGGUUAUCCUUUGGAUUAUUUUCAGGAGAGAAUCAGAAAAUCAUUGUUAUUGUUUUGAAGGUGAUAUUUGUUGAAUUCUUUGUCCUGACUGAACAAGCUGAAUACAAUACAUUGUAUCCACUAAUCCACCCUACCAGGCAACCACCAGUCUAGGGCUGGUUUGUGUCAACAGGAUGCUGUAUGACUGAAUAUGGAAGGGGCAUGCCAGGACCCUGACAGAAUGACUCAGACACACAGGAAGAGCCAUUCCCACACGUUGGUGGCCUGUUAUCUGCCUGAACAUUAAGGCAUAGAGCUGGUGAGAGGGCUUGGUUGGUCUGUCUUAUCUGACCCCCUCACACUAACAUCUGGACCUGGUGGGCCAAGCUAUGCCUGAGUGGGACCUAUCACUGUUGAAGAGAGGUGUGUGUGUGUGUGUGUACACAGCUUGUGCAACUGUAAUGGGGUGUGUGUGUUUGGUCUGAUUGUAUGGAAGUGGUCAGAUCAUCUCAAUUGAAAGCAUUAUUACAUGGUUUAAUUGUUUUGAAAGUGUAAUUAGUGAAUAGAGAUCAAAUUAUUUUUGUUUCAGCAGUCCGCCUGAUUAUCUGACGAGUAAUUUACCCGUUAUGAUUUUUUUUUUUUCAUGUGAUUCAUGGAUGAACUUCUCCAAAUCAAGUCAUUAUUGUAUUCAUUUAGUUAGGGUGAAGAAUGUCUUGUGUGUUUUUUUACCCCCAAUCUAUACAGUAUGAAGUGUACAUAACUUAAGUCACAAAUAGCUAUUCAUGUGUUGCACUCCAUAUUUUUAUGUUGGAAAAGAAAUAUUGUGUACUCAAAAUGAUCAGAUAUUCAGAUAUUUGGGUUUAUUGUAAUAUUUUUCAGUUCAUGGUAUGCAACACCUUGGAUGUUAUUAGGGUCUACCUUAAGGUCCAUAUUGGAUGGAAGACAGACUGACAUAGUUGUAUUUUAGACACUUAAAGCUGAAGAUCUUAGUCUUUAAAAAUCUCAUUUUUGUUUAACCACGUAGGGUCAAAAUGUCACAAAAGACAACAUCAAUUGUCAAGAAGAAAUUUUAUUUUAGACUGCAGUGGAACUUUCUCCUUGUUCGUUGAGUUGGAUUCGUUCUAGAAAGGAUAUAGAUCAAUUUCAUUUCAAUUCUUAGAAAUUUAAUAUCGUGUUACUUCCUGAAUUGAAAUAUAAUUGACCCCAACUUUAGUUCUAGAAUACCUUUUCAUUGAAUAAUAAUGCCAUGUCACCUAACCCUAUAGCUCAUAUUAUGGGAUAUUGUGGUACUCUACUCUCACUGUAGGUAGUUAAAAGCAGUAAUUCGUUUUAGUCACAUUUAUCUCCUACUCUCCUGUUCAUAACCACCAGCACUGAAAUUAUAGCACUGGACAUUACUCAUAACACUACACAGCUCUGGGAAUAUACACCCCGAUUUUGUCACUUCGGUUGUUGCAUAUUUCCAACGGUACGGCACCAAAACAUACAGUACCAGUCAAAAGAUUGGACACACCUACUCAUUCAAAGGUUUUACUUUUUUUUAAAACUAUUUUCUACAUUGUAGAAUAAUAGUGAAGACAUCAAAAU